GUGCCGCCUGUCAGUCAGGGCGCGGGCGCGAGGCGGGAGGAAACAUGGCGACGCGGUGCCGCAGCGCAAAAUGCGCGGCGGAGAGAAGGGGCGCGCGCAGGGAGCUCGAGACCUGGAGGCACAAACUGAUCGCGUGCGUCGGGUUUGAGAGCAUUCUGGAAGGAGUUUAUGGACCAAGACUUCUACAAGACCUCAGCAUCUUUGACGACUGUGAGCCAGAAGCGGCCUCUGAUUGGUCGACGGACGCUUGCUGCCCCUUCUGCAACCUGCAGUUGGAGAAAACAACUGACCACGUGCCCGUGUCGCCACCCCCCGCCGAAACCCCCCCACCUCAGGGCCUGUCCACCUCAGAAAAACUCCAGUGCCAAGCAGACCAAUUCCUUCAUGCAGUUUUCCACAAAAAAGAAUUCCCUGAGAACUGCGAUCCUAGUAUACCGUUGGCAGCGCGGGAGUUGAUGCGCAAGAUGAUCCGGCAGUUUGCGAUCGAAUAUGCCUGUAAGAGCCAGCCUGAGGGUGCCGAAGAUCCAAACCCAAACCAGGCUGAUUUCCCCAAACAGACGGAGCCUGAUGGACCCCUGGACUUGACCAUCAGCCGUGGUGCACCGUGCCGUGACAUCACCGUCAGCAGUGUCGCGCCCUGCCCACAGCAAGCAGAUGGUGUGCUUGACCUUUCAAAGAAAAGUACACCAUCUCUAAAUGUGGCGAAUCAUCAGGCCUUUUUAGGUUCUUUGGUGCCUGCGGAUGAGGACCAUUGCAGAAUGGAGGAGGAAAAGGAGAAACCUGAAGACUGGAGAGGUACAGUGUUGGAGAAGGUCCUGUCUUCACUCUGCUCUUACCACAGACCGCUUCUAUAUCACAUCCUUCAGGACAUGCGGGAGGAUUACAGCGUGGCCUUAGCUCUGAGGGAUGCCCACAGGCGCCUGGCUAAAACUGAACCGCUCUGCUCUCCUGCUGAACGAUCAUCUCCCAGUGAUGCUUUACCCUGCUCGCUGAGUAGCUGCACGGCUGGCUGUUUAACUGCCUGUGGGUUCAGGACGUGUGCUGUUGGCUCCGUUUGUAUCUGUAUGAAAAACCUGGCCUGCCAGAACUUGGCUCUCGGUUGCGUAGGCAAAGUCAUUUGCUCGAGCGCUGCUGUUUGCUGUGCUCACCAUAAAAUGCUUGGGUGCCAGCAGCAGUGCAGUCAUGAAAACGUGUGCAUUGCACAUGCCAGCAAUGUGUUGGGUGUCCAAAUGAAGCAUGCCAGUGUUCUGCAUUCGCAUAACGCUUGCCAAACUUGCCGUAGCCCUUCCCCACCCCCCCUGUCGCCUGUGGCAUUAGAAAUAGAGUAUAAAACGGGCAGCAAAUAUGUGAACUGUAAAGGUCAGGAGUCUGUGGCACAAAGCAAACCUCCCCCUCUUCUACCUCACCGAACUGAGACAAGCGAUGAAGAUGAUAAAGCACAGCAGUCUGGUGCUCUGCAUGCUGUGGAAUCUUCCUCUGUUCUUGUUAAAGAUACUCAUUCUAAGACAAAGCAAGAAGAGAUCGAACACAACUGUGGAACAAUUUUAGGGGAAAUAAUGGAUGAAUUUAAUGAAAAGCUAAAGAAUAUUCAACCAAGUGAGAGAGAGCAAACCCCACAGACCCCGCAUGCCGAUCAGCAGUCGAACCGGUGUGAUGACACACAGCUGACAGAGAUUAUAACCACUGUGUUGCACAGCAGCAGUGACAAAGAGUACAACCUAAAGGAACUCUUUGAGCAGCGCAUGGCCACGGAGAGACAGUCCCCUCAGACACGCUCUCGUCGAAGACAGGAAGUGCUUGCAGCCCUCAGUCUAUCCCCUGAUCUCCCGGCCUCCCGCAGGCAGAGCUUACAGAUCAAAAGAGAUCUCGCACGGCUCGACCCUUCAGCGUGUAGGAGGAAAUUGGAAAUGGACCGAGGCAAGUGUCCAAAGAACAGUCAGCCCCAUAUUUCCUCCACCUCAUCUGUUAAAAAGCAGUCCAGUUGUCCUGAAAACGUAUCCAAAGCAGAGUCCAUAAAACAGCUCGAAGUCGACAGUCGAAGCAAUGGACUUCCAAGAUUAACUUCAGAAAAACACAACCAUCAAGAGCAGCAAGAAAAACAGCCAGCUGACCUGACAAAAAUUCAGCUCUGUAAUGAAUUGGACCUUCAACAACCAGGUUUAUCUGACAAAAAGUCCAACCAGGACAAAAAAUGUAAAAUGUUUCAACCAGACAACAAUGUUGGAAGGUGUAGGAGAAAUAUUGUCCCUCCUCAGCGUUUCUCCUCCUAUGUCACUGAGCCCAGAAAGAUGUUCUACGCAGCCUGCUUUUCUGAGGGUUUAUUCAUCAAGCAUUCCCAGAACGUUAGCACUACAUCUGAAUGUGACUCUGCGAAGAUUUGUACAACUAAACAUCCAAUCAAAAGUGAAGUACAAGGUCGUGCGAGGCAUCCGUCAAGUCAUGAAAUGAAUGUGUUAACAGUUUCGCCAAGAAAAAUAAGAACAUGUGAAGACAGUAAAGAAAACGAUCACUCUGAACAGACCUCCAAAAUUGAAUGUGAGGGUGAACAUAAAUCUCCGUCAAAAAAGCUUCGAUCCUAUAGAUCAAAGAACCUUACAAAAUCUCAAAGCCCAGAGUUAGUUCUGGAUCAGUCUGUUGAGAGCAAUAGCCAGGAAAGCGACAGCAAGGCAUUAACAUAUGCCAGUCCCAUAAAGCUUAUGCUGGUGUCAUGUGUGAAAAGUGAAGAUGGGGUGAAAUACACUCUUAAAGCUGCAGACUCUGGCUCAAACCCUAAUGGAGAAAUGUUCGAUCCUUGUGUUGAAGCUUCAUGGGCUGGCAGUUCAAUAAAUAAGCAAACACAGAAAACAGAUGUACAAAAAGAUCUUGUGCAGAAUGAUGAAUUCAACAUAAAACCACCAGAAGUUAUUCCUGCCGAUGAGGUGGAUUUGAUUAGCCCUGCAAAAACGGUCAGUGAGGCUUCGCCAGCAGUUCAAGAAACAACUCCUGUUAAAAGACGUCCUGGGCGGCCCAAAAAGUUGGGUCCACAGAUUGAAAAAUUAGUGAAACGUCCAAUUGGUAGACCCCCUAAAGUCAAAACAGGAGACCCAAGUAGCUUAAAUAGUGAAAACGAAAACCAGAAAACAAUUGAAAAAACCAGUACCGAUGAUAGCAACAAAAAUCUAAAAAUCACAAUCCUGUAUGGGAGAUCAAGAAAAGCAAGGAGAGUAGUGUCAGAAGACAUGAAGCAUGUUUCCUUAGAUCAGCAAUCUUAUGAAGUCCAGAGCAGUGCUGACGAGAUUAGGAAAAUGAAUACCGGCGGAGAGCCCGUACUUAAUUUGCCCAAAAUCAAGUUAGAGGGUCUACAUUUUGUCAAGCCUGUGGAAGAUAGGAAAGGAUUUAUCCAUGCAAGCAGUAACAUAAAAUGUCAAAAGCAGAGUGAUUUGGCUGUGAUGAGAAAACCAGGGAGGCCAGCAAAGGUCAAGAUUUCUGGAAUUUCUGUCACUGUUACAACAGUGUCACCUAGGCAACGCAAGAUUCAUAUGAAAAAGGACAUGAAAGAAUCGCAGCGCAGAGCUCUUGUAAUGGAGUUUGAACCUUCCAAAGAACAGAAGACAAUCAAUGAACACACUGAUGUCAUUCUGAAUGAUCAGGAGGGUACCAUGGAAGAAAGCACUGAGCACUCCAGUACAUCAUUUGUGCCUGUUAGACAUUCCAUAAGGGAGCGCAAACCCUCUGUUCAUUUUCUGCACUCAGUUGCUACCGCCAGAUCUUUUAGUCGUAGCAAUGCACUGGUUUGUAGAUCGCACAAGCUGCUUAUGGGUAAAACCAACCCUGAAACCACCCACCAGAUGCAGCGUGAGCCUGAGGUGGCUGUUAACAAAUCACAGAGAAAGAGAAGCCACAGGGUCGGUCACAUAAAAAAUGCUGUUCGUUUUUCAGGAGUUUCAGUAGACUCAAUUUUUGCAUUAGAUGAGAGCUUUAAGUGGUGGUCCACUAGUGCGUCACCAGAGAUCCUAAACAAGGAGUUAGCCAGAAGAAUCAGACUGAUGUCUGACACAUGGGUGUCGGAUGUCCUGGAGGCCAAAAAGUCGGAAGAAGUUCAAAUGAAGCAGAAACCGAAAGACCCUGAUUCUGACGAGCGGUCCUCAGCUGUGAGAAUGCUGUUUAAGAGGAACUACAACAUGGAAAAGCUUUCCUCCUGGUUUAUGCAGACCACAGAGACUCAGUCCCUGUCUAUUGUGAAGAAGGCCAGUGCAAGAAACCCCUGUGAGAUCUUUCAGUACAGUCCCGUCAGUUCCACUAGCAAAGAAAAUGUUUGCCCGAGCCCACAAGCAGAACGUCUCCGGAAACAUGUCAAAAAGUUUGCUCAAAUUGUCCCAAAGAGUCCAUCAAUGCAUCGACAAGCAUUAAUAUACAAAGCAAGGAGGUCUUUUGUGAAGCACUUGUUAUUUAACAGCUCAAAAAUUAACACAAGGCAUGUCAGUAGGCAAAAGAGAACACCCAAGACCUAUGGAUCCUGGGGGAUCUACAAAACAGCUCUGCUUAGAGCAAGGUCUAAGUUCCCAAGCAAUUCCAAGAAAACGUCAACAACCAAGGUUCAGAAAGACCUCAAAACCCACAAGGGUCCCCUGAAAAUGAGGGUGGAGACAACAGGCUCAUCAAAAGAGCCUCUUCAAUCGGUAAACGAGGUGUCAGAACGAGUCUCAGAAAAUAAGUUGCCCCAGACUGACACUUUUGAGCAGGAGGGAGGUUUUACUGGCACUGUUGAAGAAGAGAGAAUUAGCUCUAAAGCCUGGAGCCCAGAGAAGCUGAAGGAGUGCAGGGUUUUCUUAAAAAAGAUCAACUCUCCCAGCUCAACAUCAGUGACUGUUCACACUGUCUCCCCGGCUGGGUGUAAUGUCCCUAUGAAAGAAGAAAAACAAAAGGACAGAGAAACCGCCAAGCUGCAGAAGACGUUCUACUCUCCAAGAAAAUCUCACUCAACUACAACCACCCCAAGCAAGUCGGGUGAAAAGCGCAGAAGUUUCCAUCCAAAUGAGUCGUCUUCAGCAAAAAGGACACGACAGUCGAGGAGCAGCAGAGGAGUCCUGGCAGCCAAAUGGUGCGAUUUUGUGAUUGGACCACCCAGAUAACAGAAUAUUUCAGCAGGACAGUACAGACAACUCAAAACAUAAGGUGCCUUUAACAGCAGACUGGCUGAAAAUCAAGAGCAUUAGGACACGCACACAACCUCAGCGAGCAUCAUGUAGCAAAAGACUUUAAUUAUGAAAACUUGCACUAUGUAAUCUUAUUGUGUCUUUAUUUUAUAUAUCUGUAAACGUGGCCUUUUAUUACUUUUUGAGACCUGAUUUAUUUUAUUAUUGUAAAGAACCAGGACACCGAAAGGUGUUCUUGUUUUUUGUUUUUUUUUUCUAAAUGUGUGAAGAAGUGUUUAAAAUAUUCCUGUCAAUUUGCAAAGCCGCUAAUCCUGGAGUACUGUAAACAUCCCACACUCUUUUCAGUAAAUGAAAUACUGUAGCUGCAUUCGUAACAAGGACACGUUACAUACUUUUGAAGGUACCUUAACAUCAGGACCUUCUCUGGUUCCACUUUUAGGUGAAAAAUUUGCCUUAGCUGUUCAAGAUUAAUACAGUCAGUUAAGCUGGUUUUGAGAUCUAAUACAAACAGAGCAGGAAGUGCCAUUUCACUGAAGCUGUAGCUAAAAUGUCCUUCUGUACGGGUCUCUGGAACAAUCUUGGCCCAAUGUUUAUCUGACUGACAUUCUUUUCUAAAGCAUUAAUUCAAUGUUAUGUUGCAUUGCACUACAAACAGUACUUCUGUUACUUUUUUUAAUGGACUGCCACUGUUCUCCUCGAGUGCAAUGUUCCAUUUUCUUAUGCCGAGGUGUUACGAGGUGUUUUUAGGUUAUUUAUGUAUUAAAUAUUUAGGUUUUGUUAUUUACAAAACACCCCCAUACAAAACGACUUGGGGGAGUAAAAGCACGACUUGUAGUAUGUGAUCCCUACAUUUCGUGGUCAUGUUUAAACUCUAUUAAAUGCAGCCUAAUCUUUUUUCUGUUCAGUUUAGACUAAAAGAUGGUGUUAAUACACUUUUUUAAACUACUAAACUAAUACAUUCAGAAUAAAAGUUCAGUUUAAAAAAUGUUUAUCUGGAUUUUAAUCUUUUCAUCUGAUUCAAGUUUGAUUGGGGUUCAGUCAGGUGCAUUAUUUGUUUCUUGUAGCGUCAUAUACCAUUCUUAAAUGGGUGCAAUCUUCGUGGAAUCCCUGUUUCUAAAAAAGUUGUGUCCUAAUUCUUCAAUGAAACAUUUUGUUGUUUUUGUCCGAUCUGCUGCUCAUGACUUUCAAUACAUACUGUCCGAUCUGAUGGUCCUGCAGAAACACGUGGAUAGCAGAUCAGAAAAAGGGAGGGAGGUUUUAUACAUCUCAGUGAACUCCUUCAAAAAAUUAAGGACUGGUGCUAUCUUUUACACACACUCUGAUAUCUGUGCUUUGUCUUUUACAUAUGUGUUGUGUCAGAAAAAUUAAAGCUCUUUUAAAUGUG